AUGUCGGCGGCCAAGCGAGUUGCUCAGUCGUCGGUCAACUGGGCUAAAUUGUCCGACAAGUUGAUUCCCUCUCAUCAAGCUGAGUUGGCUCGUCUCAGAGGCCAGAACAGCACCUUCGGAGCAAUGUAAGCAAUAUGUUAUUGUUUGUUAGAGUUUUAGGUAAAUACAAGUAGGAUAUUAUCAUGAAGGCUUGAAAGAAUAGCGAUUCUCUAUCUAGAGGACAGAUUUGCUAUCUCGGAGAUGAGAAGAAUUAAUUUUACCCUAAUUCAUACUUCUUCACCAUGUAUUAUAUAAAUAUUUUAGUGUAAACCAACUUCCCGCUGAUCUGCCUAAGGUUGACUUUGCUCAGCUGAAGAAGGAGCUCCCUGACCAUGUCGCUGUUCUUGAUUCGCUCCAGAAGCAAUUUGAAGCCAUCAAGAUUCCUUAUGGUGAAGUCCCAAAGGAAUUGAACGCUGAGGUCGACAAAUGGGUCAAGUUCAACGAUGCUCGUGUGAAGUUGAACAAUUUGAAGGCAGCUGAUGGUGCUGAGGAGGCCAAGAAGAAGGUGGGUUUAAUUUCCAAAAAAAAUUAUAUUGCACUUGGGGUUUAUAUAAAAAGGUUUGAUUCUAGGAAGAGAAAUGGGCAAGUGCUCCUCCAGUUGAGCAGAUGGCUCGUGAGCACUUUGUUCAAUACUUCCCCAAACACUUCACCGACUACCGUUAUCAGAAGCGUAUUCGUAAGUUAUUUUUUUCUUUUGGGUCUUCGAGAUUUAGAUAAAAGGUUGUAUUUCACCUGAUCAUUUCAGCUGAUCCAACUGGAGUCGGCUUCAACGAGUCCGAGGCGAUUGAGACCCGUUUCCGCGACUACAAAGUUCUUCGCCGUCCAGACAAGGUCGACGACCAUUAG